AUGGCCCAACAACAGAAUGACAAUGUGAUGCGAAGAAAGUUGGUAAUCAUCGGUGAUGGCGCUUGCGGGAAAACGAGUCUCUUGAGUGUCUUUACUCUAGGAUACUUUCCUACACAUUAUGUCCCAACAGUCUUCGAGAGCUACGUGACAGAUUGCAGAGUUGAUGGCCGGUCGGUUCAAUUAGCGCUGUGGGAUACAGCCGGUCAAGAAGACUACGAGCGGCUGCGCCCACUCGCCUACUCGAAAGCACACGUUAUCCUGAUUGGAUUUGCCGUUGACACCCCGGAUUCGCUAGAGAACGUCAAGAUCAAGUGGAUCGAGGAAGCGAAUGAGCGAUGCCCCGGCGUACCCAUCAUACUUGUCGGCCUGAAGAAAGAUCUUCGCGAGAACCCCGGUGCGAUCGAAGAAAUGCGAAAGAAGUCUCUCCGAUUUGUAACUCCUAGAGAAGGAAAUGAGACUGCAACACAGAUAAAGGCUCGCAAAUACCUAGAGUGCUCAUCUCUGACCGGAGAAGGCGUGGACGACGUCUUCGAGGCCGCGACCCGCGCUGCGCUUCUUACCUUCGACAAGCGGAAAUCGUCAUGUUGCAUUGUGCUAUGA